UCCUGUUAUCAUGUCACUGAGGCAGCGGCUGGCUCGGCUGGCGAGCCGUCUGCAGGAGCCGCAGAAAGUGGCCCGUUUCCAGCAGCUGUGCGGGGUGGAAGCGCUGCCAAGCGACUCCUCCGCAGCCGGUGCCGACCGUAGGGGAGAUGACGAAGAGGCGGAGGCACCGCUAACCGGGGAUUCCCGGCGAAGAGGGCCACAGCCAAGGGACCUCCAGCCGCCCGGGAGCGACCUCAAUCAGUGCCCGGCCAAGCUGGGCGGUGGCGCCCCCAACGGCGUGCGGAAUGGGCUGCCGGCCGAGCUGGGCCCGGCUCCGCCGCGGCGCGUGGGCGCUCUGCGCCGCAACUCGCUGACCGGCGAGGAGGGCAAGCUGGCCAGUGUAAGCAACUGGCCCCUCUACUACCUGUUCAGCCUCGGCACGGAGCUGGGCAACGAACUCUUUUACAUCAUUUUCUUCCCCUUUUGGAUCUGGAACCUGGACGCCCUGGUCGGCCGUAGACUCGUGGUCAUCUGGGUACUGGUCAUGUACCUGGGCCAGUGCACCAAGGACAUCAUCCGUUGGCCGCGGCCUGCCUCGCCGCCCGUGGUCAAGUUGGAGGUGUUCUACAACUCCGAGUACAGCAUGCCCUCUACCCAUGCCAUGUCCGGCACCGCCAUCCCCAUUUCCAUGAUCCUUCUCACCUACGGCCGCUGGCAGUAUCCUCUUACAUAUGGACUGAUCCUUAUUCCCUGUUGGUGUUCUCUGGUUUCCCUAAGCAGAAUUUACAUGGGAAUGCAUUCCAUUCUGGAUAUUAUUGCUGGAUUCCUGUAUGCCAUUUUAAUCUUAGCUGUCUUCUAUCCAUUUAUUGACCUGAUUGACAACUUCAACCAAACUCACAAAUAUGCUCCAUUAAUCAUCAUUGGGCUUCAUUUAGCCUUGGGGAUUUUUUCUUUCACCCUUGACACCUGGAGUACAUCCCGAGGAGACACAGCUGAGAUUCUAGGAAGUGGUGCUGGCAUUGCAUGUGGAUCACAUGUUGUGUAUAGCAUGGGUCUAGUAGUAGAUCCUCCUUUAGAUAUGUUACCUUUAGCUAGGCCCCCCAUUACUGUGACUCUGUUUGGAAAAGCCAUUUUACGAAUCCUCAUUGGGAUGGCAUUUGUAUUAGUAGUCAGAGAUAUUAUGAAAAAGGUCACCAUUCCCUUAGCUUGUAAAAUUUUUAAUAUACCAUGUGAUGAUAUUCGGAAAGCAAGGCAACACAUGGAAGUUGAACUUCCAUAUCGGUAUAUUACCUACGGAAUGGUCGGUUUCUCUAUCUCAUGCUUGGUUCCUUAUGUAUUUUCCUUUAUUGGCAUCUCUUGAAUGAGAGAUGUUGUUUAUGACAAGAAAGAAGGAUAUCGGUUAUUGAUAUCCAAAAAUAUAUUCUAGGAAAAAGCCAGAUCAGAGUUAGGCUUUUGUAGGAAUUUAACUUAAAUAAUUAUUUAAGUAAAUUCGUAAGAAUUGUUGUGCAUUUUAUCAUUGCACAUCCAGAUAUUGUUUUAGGUGAAGUGAGCUACUUCAGUAAUAAGAAAAUAAAUGUCUAUUUAGAAUGCUCGUAUAGCAUUUGGAGAGUUUUAGUACUGUUAUGAAUUCAAGUUAUAUAUAACAUAUAUUAAGGUACAUAAUAUACAUUAUAUAUCUAAUAUAUUUUAUAUAUAAAAUAAUAUACCUAUGUUUUGAAAAGUAUGGGGGUCUAUUAUAAAAUCAAUAAUAAUAUGCAAACAGUUGUGCCUGUGUAUUUGGACUUAAUGCAGGUAUGUUGUUAUCAACAGCUACAUUAAACAUCUAUUUAUAUGAAAGCCAUUUCCUAAUUGACUUGCAUAAUUACUAGAUGAGAAUUCAUAUGCUACCACAUGUUAAUUUACUGUCUCUUUUUACACUGCCAUCACUAUUCAUGUAACCCAUGAUGUUGAACAUGGGAGACAUUUUUAACAGACCAAAUUUUCACAAAAACAAAUUUUGGAUUCCUUUAAUUUUUUUUUUUUUUUCAGUUCUGUAUACUGUGUUGAAUGUACUUUAUUUGUAAUUGUUCUAUACAUCACUUUUAAUAAUUCAGGUACUGAAUUUUAUUGCUUGUUAAUUGUGCCUUUCUGUUGCUAAAUUAAGAAAUGCCAUGUAUACUGUGAUUAAAAAUAAGAUGCUAACUUAAACUAUAAUCAGGCAAAUAUUUUUAAAUAUGUGUCAAGCUAACAGGGAUAAAAGUAAACCAUCCUUAACUAUU